AUGAAAACUAGGUCGCCACAGAGCUCAGGUUUUCAACGAUCUUGGAAAACUCCCGAUCGUAUUAAAUCCCAAGACCAAAGAGAAUCUAUAUCCUCAGCACCAAGUGCGGAUGACCGCUAUGACCGUCUAACAUCCUCUGACGGAAAGUUGCCGCUUACUCCUAUUCAACCCACGUUUUUUCCGAGUAUUGCAUCCAAUUUAUCACCUCCAUCAAGCCGGUCACCAUCUCCGUCGAAAGGACGGUUUCCACGUGCUAUUAUUCCCCGUCGGGAGAGAAGCAAGAGCAACUCACGACCUAAAGACGCCGUCGACAAUAGUUCCCUGGAAUCAGAGAUAGUACGUAACAACAGUUUAUCGGAAUACACAGAGGGCUUGCCUCGCACUGGCAGACUAGAGCCGAGCCCACUUCCAGAUCAAGUUCCCUGUACGCAUCAGGAUGGCCGGGUAAGGUCGAGCCAGCAAGCACGGAAAGGGCUGGCACAGCAUGAGUCCAAACUCCGUGGAAUCUUCAAAGGCCCUGGGAAGAUCGCGGAAAAAGUUGGUAAUGAGAUGUCAAAAAUGGGUGGUCUUAUUCUAAAGAAAGAUUCCUUGGCACAUUCGCGACAAUCUUCUUUUGAAUCACACGUCACGUCUGACGACGAGAAUGUUCUAACAGAUGCCGAUGAAACAAAAGGUGAUAGGACCCCUGAUAUCAAGGUCCCAUUGCGCCGUCUCCCUACCUUUUCUGAAGACUACAGUCUGGCGGUUCGUAGGGAGUCAGAAAAAGCAGCUGGGAAAAGUUACAUAUCUGCGUCGUCAUCCUUUACAUCUCCCCCCCGCCAGGGUGAUCAGCCUGAGGGCCAUAGAAGAUCUGAUUUAGGUAGUCCUCAAAAGGCUUUCUCAGAGUCAGAGAUGAAGAGCGCGAGGGAAACUGACAACAAAAACGAGGUUUUAUCGAUAUCUCAGCAGAAGAGGCCCGACGGCCGCAAAAAGCUUGAGAAGGUUCCGACUUUUGGCCCCGAGCUACAUACUAUCCGAGAACAAAUCAAGAAAGGCCGAAUUAAGGAUCCGUCUGUGCCAUACAGUCUUACUCGGCCACCGAUCACGGGCCUUGCACAGGCAAAGGCAUCCCAUGAACCGUCCUCUCGUGAAAGGCGUUCUACGCCAUCCAGCCAGUCCAGAAGCUGGAGUAUCUCUGAGCGCAGUGUUUCGACUUCGAUGGAAUCCGGAGUCCCGGCAAAACGUGAAGUCGAGCGUACCCGUGCGCUCCUUCUUUCUUCAGGUAUCAAGGCGCGAGAGAUCACUCGUCGGGCUCAUACUGUACGAAGUCCUCCGCCUGAGUUUGUUCGACGCGCGUUUGGCUCCGACACUCCAGUUCCGGAAGUGCCUCGGUCGCAUGAGUUCGAUCUCGCUGUUCAAGCCUUGGUCAAGAGGUUUGAGAAAUCAGAGGAGCUCUUCAAGCGAUCAAUGGAUGGUUACCCUGGUGCUAAAACAUCAGCCCUGAGAUCUCACCUCGGCGCACUUGAAGAUCUCGUCAACAAUUCUCUCAAUCCACGUGUGCGGGCUGCCGCACAAGAUGCGGAAGAUUUGAGCAUUAAACUCAAUACGACCAGCACGCUCGCGGUGAAACAGCUGAGCGACACCCUCGACAAAGGCAUCCGGAGGCGCCAUCGUCGGUUACGCUGGAUACGACGUACCGGAUUUGUGAUGCUCGAAUGGGCCCUUGUUGGAAUAUUGUGGUGGGUAUGGUUGAUCGUCAUGGCUUUCAAGGUUUUCCGGGGUGUUUUCCGAGGCGUAAUAUCUGGUGUUAGGUGGGUCCUCUGGCUGUGA